AUGUCUUCUUCAGUAUGCAGAACUUGCGCAUUCCGGCAUCAAGAUGGUGAAAUUGAAGAUGCUAGGAUUGUUACUGGGCUUCAUUUUUGCAAAAAUGAUAAUUGCAGUUGGAAACCAUGUGUUUAUUCAUUCGAUCUGAAUAAUAAAAAACAAGCAGAUAUUGGUCAAAAGCAUUUAGAAAUAUAUUGUGGCAUUAUUACUGAAAAUUCUCAUACUUUGACUGAACGUAAGGAAGUGGAAUGGGAAAUGUGGGAGAAGAGAGGCAAAAAUACAAUAUAUAAAGGCAAAAAAGAGUGGGACAAAUUUGCAGAAGUAGAUAAACAAAAAAUAAUAUUUGCUAGUCUUCUAUAUGAGAAAAAUAAUCGUACUAAUCAAUGUUCGCCUGUGUUUGUUAAUGUUAAUCCUAAGCGUCCUAUUAUGCUUUCAUUUGAAAAACAGGAGAAAAAAAGUCACAUUUCUUUCUUCACGUUGUAA